AUGCGCCGUGACCUGUUUACUGACUGGUUGUGGGGUUCGGACGAUACCGGAAGCAAGAGCAACGAGGAUUUCAAGCCAAGUCCGACACCUGGGCCGGAUCAGGAGAGGGAUAUCAACAGAACUCAGAAAAGUCGCUGCCAUAUUGAGGGGAUAUGGUACAACAAGCUUGGUUCGGAAGUGAUCAUUAACGCCACGUCGGAACCUGGCGUCCUGGUCGGUGAAUACCGCACAGCAGUGGAGAGAAACCUCGGAUCAGCUGGGCAAGGGCCGUCCCGGUUGAUUGGUCACACCUCCACCAACGGUGAGUACCCGACUUUUGGCAUGACGGUGGUGUGGCGCAACGGCCAAUCAGUGAGCAGCUGGACUGGGCAGUGCCACCUGUGUGACGGUGAGGAGACGCUUCACACCAUGUGGAUACUGACGUCACAUGUGGACAGCUGCGACGACAAGUGGAUGGCAAACAGGAUCGGCCAGAACAUAUUCAAAAGAUACGAACUGAAAGAAGGCCCGCGCCGAGAACACGACACCCACACCCCACGGGAUUUUGCCCGCCGGAAGGAACGUCUGCAACGUCUGGAGGAGUUUAAUUAA